GGAAAGUGUACAAAGAUGCCCAAAGCAGCGCGUUCCAACUCUACGGCUCGUCAGGAGCGACGACACAAUCCACUCAGCGAAGAGUACUCCCCCACCACGCCUCUCAAGCAAAAAGCAGGCAAGAAGAGGAAGUCGACGAGUGAAGCGAACGGCCAGGAUGGAUAUGUGGACAGCAAAUCGUCGCGAAGAAUCCUUGACUUGGGGCAGGACCUGGUCGACGAAGAUGAAGCCGAGCGACAAGCGAAGAGGCCCGCAGUAGCAAAUCCCGCAUUCUCACUCCGAGCUGACGAGGAUGAGGAUGAGGACGGCGGCGCCGAGGUGGGCGAGUACGACGAGGAGGAAGCCUGGGCGUCAGACGAGGAGGUGGAAGAGGUGGAAGUCGACCCCGAAGACAACGAAACAUGGAACAGGCUCAUGGGUGGCGGAGAGGAUCCUUCAAAACUGUUCGACCUGGCGGGACAACCACAUCAUGAUGGAGGAGAUGAGGAGGAAGAGCCAAGAGGACCGGACUAUCUUUCGAAUUUGAUUCUGGAGAAAAUCGCGGCGCAUGAAGCAGCACAAGCAGGAGGCGACCCAGACGCAGCGCCACGAAUAAUUGGAGGAGGCACGCUUGAAGAUGCUGUGCAAAUGGACCCCAAAGUCGUCGAAGUCUAUACACAAGUCGGUCUGAUUCUGUCACGAUAUAAGAGCGGAAAAUUGCCUAAGCCAUUCAAAGUCUUACCUACUUUACCACAAUGGGAUAUCCUUGUCGAGAUUACACGCCCGGAGGACUGGACUCCCAACGCCAUUUACGAAGCCACCAAAAUUUUCACUUCCUCACGACCAGCUGUCGCCCAGGCAUUCUGCCAAGAUGUGCUUCUCCCACGUGUACGAGAAGAUAUACGAGAAACGAAAAAGCUCAACGUACAUCUAUACAAGGCGAUGAAGAAAUCACUUUACAAGCCCGCAGCCUUCUUCCGCGGUCUGCUCUUUCCUCUUGUCGGCUCCGGGACAUGCACACUACGAGAAGCUCAAAUCAUUUCUUCGGUCCUCCAGCGUGUCUCGAUCCCUGUUCUGCAUUCCGCCACGGCACUUUAUAGACUUUGCGAAAUCGCAGCCGACCAAAUGAUGCACGAUGUCGAAGCGGCCGGCGCGUGCAACAUGUUCAUUCGAACACUACUCGAGAAGAAAUACGCUCUUCCCUUCCGUGUAGUCGAUGCGCUUGUUUUCCACUUUCUCCGCUUUCGCCAAAUGCAAGACUCGAAUGGCGAGGAUGUGAAUAUGGAAGGCACCACAACUCACGGCUUUCCGGGAAAGAAGGGAGCUGGUGACCCGAGAUUGCCCGUCAUAUGGCAUCAGUGUUUGCUAGCUUUUGCCCAGCGUUAUAAGAAUGAGAUUACGGAAGAUCAGAGAGAGGCUUUGCUUGACUUGUUGUUGGUAAGAGGGCACAAGCAGAUUGGUCCGGAAGUGAGGAGAGAAUUGCUAGAGGGGAGAGGAAGAGGAGUGAUUGCUGAAGAGGCUUUGGCUGAUGGGGGUGAUGAUACCAUGAUGGAUGUUUAAGGUGCUGACGACGUAUCUACUCGACUGCUUGCUCGGGAUCAAAGAUGGGCCGAUCCAUCCUUGGUCGAUGCGAGUAGAUAGACAUAGAGCUGAGAAGAAGCUUUCGAAAUUAAAAGUCUUCUGAACGCUAUUAACGU